GUUGAUACGUUGAUAUCCUGUACUUCGGGGAGAUUCGAUUUGUCAACGUCCCGCGGUGUGCUGCUACUACGGCUGGUGCGUGCGCGACAGUUGAGACUUUUUCUUGCGCAGAGGAGCAUAGAGAGAGAGAGCUCUCCUGUUUGAUACCAACGCUUCCAGCACGGCUGAGAUCCACACCCCGCCAGUGGCAGAGAGAGAUACCCGGAUCAGACGUGCCAUGGCAUGUGAGGUAGACAUGGAAAUGCACAGCAGCAGUCAAGACUAUCAACCGAUGGAAGUGGGCAAUGGCGAACUUUCAAAACAAAUCAGCAACGGCUUCGCCUGGUGGAGACCUCGUUCUAUCCUCCGAGCAUCCCUUGCCGAUGUCUCCCUCAGCACCACCAACACCAGCGUCGUCAGCAACAGCACCAGCACCAGUUCCCCGCCGCUGCCGCUGCCGCACCAAGGUGGCGGAGAGGGAGAGUCGUCUCCCUCCUCGCUCUUCGACGUAGCAGCGGCAGCACAACAGCAGUUCGAGACACAGCUCAAGCCCAAGAUCCAGCAACACAACAACUGGACCAGAGGCAGCAGGGACGGCACCGAGGCACCGUCUCCCGACGAGGACGAUGCCGCCAACAACCACCACAACGACGCCGACUCUGCUACUUCUGCUGCUGCGCCGUCGCUCCUGCCGGCGUACAACAACGACUCGGCCCGGCGGCGACGACCAGAGCAAGGCGUCCUCGGAUCCUCGUCCGGCAAGCUCAAGUCCCUCAAGCUCGCUCCCAUAGGCUCGGAGCAACUCGCAAAGCACACAGCAGCAGCAGCAGCAGCAGCAGCAGUGGAUUCGGAUCGCCCCGGGACUCCUGUGAGGGGUGGUAGUGUUGGAAGCACCUGGUGCAUGGGCCCUCUCCAGGUUCGUCGGCAGGAGCAGCAGGACGAGCAGCAGCGGCGGCGGUUGGACGGGCAACGGCGCACACCUUCCAAGCCGCCACGGCCUAACCACAACGCCGGCGCCGUGGGCGCCCGCUUCGCCGUGGCUAGCGAGGGGGGCAUGGGUACGCUCGGCGAGAAGGCUACGGCGCAAGCGGGGGUGGGAGAGGGCAGCUGGAAGGAGGAGGGCAUGGACGACGAGACCGCGGCAGGGAUUAGCACCACCAGCGUCGUAUACGAUGUCCUUGCGGUGGAUCGGGGGUGCGGGUACUGCGACACCUCCGUGGUGCCGUUCCCCGUGGAGGAGGGGGGCCAGGUGGCCGCGGAACGGAUGAGAGCUUUGACCUCCGGUCAAGGAGAAUUUCUGGCGAGAAGAGGCUUCGCCGCCGGUCUGGUGUCACAUUUCCUGGAGGAGACGAACUGCGAGUUCAGGGUUCUCCAGGGGGGCGCUUCCUGCGGGAUGAACGCGCAGCAACUGGAAGAUGCCACCGCCCGCCUGGAAGAAGCCUUCGUGCCUGCCGUGAAGCGGCUGAGGGCACGGUCUUCGGUUGACGUGGUGCUUGACUCCCUCUUCCAGGGUGCCGACGAUGCCGGAGACUUCGUGGUCCGCUUCGAGGUUACCCUCACCAGGCGAGUGGCGUGCCACCCGGAAGACAUCGACUCGAGCCCCGCUCCCGCCCUUCGAGAGUGCGCGUCAGCUAUCAAAGAGGCCGUCAGGGACGAGGGGGUAAACGACAAGGACACGCACGAGGUAGUGUUCGUGGGCAGACCCAUGUGGGAGCUGGUGUCACCGGUCUUGGACUUGUCGGCCAAGGCCGGGGGAGGUGCUGGUGCUUCUGGUUGAGGGGGGGGCGCAGGAGGAGAAGUGCACAACCCGUGGUUAGGUGCUAUAGAGUGAUUUCUGCAAGACCCCCUUUUCAUCCUGACAGUCCCGCGAUGGGUGUUACAGGGUUUUCGCCGUUUCAGGAGGUCCAAUACAACAGGGGCGGCGGGGCCUCACCAUAGGCCCCCCAUCCCGAAUCCUUUGAGCUGGCCGUGGCGGUGGAUGAAAGUCCAAAGGCUUUGUGCUGUCGGUUGGAGGGGGGUAGGGGUGAAACGAGAUGAUUUACUCCGCUCUUUUGUAUAUCAAGAGUUUCUUUUUGAGACGUUCAGGGUUUCAUUGUUUUUGGGGAAAGAGAGGGGGAGGGUGUCCGCUACCACCGUUGAAUGGCCCCGGCGCUGGGCGUGGUGAUGAGCCUGUUUGAAGGGGAGGGGGGAGGGCAGGGCUAUUCGUGAUAUAUUCAAGCUUGGAAGAUUUAAUUGCAGCGAUGGCCACGCUUGAAGCGUGAACGUGGAAAAUCGAGGGAAAGGGAAAUGGGGCUGCAGCGUUCAUGUUCAAUCGGCUGUUCCGUUUUGCUCUUAACCUCGUGCGCGUGGUUGAUGUACCACCUUAGGGCAUGUUGUCCGUCUCUUGUCUUGUGGGCAAACAUGUUCAUGUCAACGCACGAAUGGGGUCUUGCCGAGGGUAUCGAGGGAGGGACUGUGUCAGAAAGAAUUCUAGCGUUAGGGAGAGAGAGGGUUCCGACUCGUUUACGCACAGCGGAGUCUGUGGAAUCUUUUUACGCGUUCGUUGUCGUGGGACAGCAGUGGCAUUGUCAGCAGAUCCUGUAAAGGUGGCUCGGUAUUUUUGUGCGAAUCCAGUAUUUAGUCCAAGGGCGGCGAAGAGGUUGACUUGUUCGCCAACUUCGCGGCAGUGUAGCGGAGCACGGCUGUGUACAAGUGUGUGUUUGCCGCGUCUGUUCGAUAUUGUUACUAGUUCAUUUUUUCUGGAGUUUUUUUCCGCUGUUCUGUUUCGUCGCAUUCGUGAUCCCGCCACCAUGCCACGCCAAUGAUAAAUACGCAUACGCAUGCAUGUAGUUCAGUUCAAUUUACGUAUUCUUAUUCGAAGCUAGAACAAAGUAGUGAAACAGCCAACUGGAGGGGGAAGGGACGUCGGGUAAUAACACAGGCAUGGCUUGACAGUCUGAGAACUGCCGAAAAGCGGCCGGGGCGAAAUAUCUGACUAACGUACCCGCUGUUCGUGGGGUGUUGCAGUUUUCUAAUUUCUGUCGUGCGGGUGCUUACCCUGACUUUUUUUUCGUUUUUCAUGGCGUCGUAUCUUGUGUAUGUUGGGUUAAGAUGGACAGUCUGCGUGAAUUGAGUUAUCGGUAGGUCAAUCGAUGGGGUGGAAGAAAGGGAGCUGCAGCUGCAGGCAGAAAGUGCUUGUGUAGAGGGACGUGUUUUGUUCGUAGGAUAGCGACUAUCUGGAUACACUCUCUAUUUACGUUUAAUGAGAACAUUCAGGCACCACACGCGUGUUUUUCACGCCCUGCGCGUCACUUGGAAACCCAAAUGUGUCAUCUUCUAAACUAAGCGUUGCAUGUUUGAUUCCUGGU